UUUUCGUGUAACUGUGUAAGUUUGAGGCACAUGGUGCAAAAUUAUUUCCCUGUUGAAAACCUAAUUGACUUAUUAGACGGAUGUAGAGACCGGUGGAAGCACAGGCAUAGACGGGUUGUAGAAAUUGACGCACCAGAUGUCACCCGCGACACUUCGAAGCUCCAAGCAUACUUUAGAGGCAACGCUUUGAAGAUCCAAGCAGAAAGUGAGUUGUUAAUUCUGUUCGGGUUCAGAGAUGGAAGAAGUGGAACCCACAUUCAACUCUGCAAUUCAUCCCUUCUGGGAAGAUAUUGAACGCGCUGAAAGUUAUCUGGUGUGCUGUAUGUACGAUGAGGCAGCCUCUUGUUCUCACUCUGUACUGAAGAGCUUGUUAGAGAUCAUUAAUUCUAACAACAAUAACAUACACAAUCAUGAAAUUGCAGAAUGCAAUGAUGAAUUGGUUGAUAUGUUGGAGUCGGCUGGAAUGGCCUUUGUCCAGUCUUUGAAUCAACUUGGAAGGAUCUCAGAAAUACUGAAAGAACUUAAGAUGUUGUUUGGUUCAGUCACUGCCAUCCCUGCUCAUGUCUUCUAUACUGGGGCAUGCCUCCAAAUACCUGGUUUCAUUUCUUCUGAUUUUCAAGAUAUCCUUGAGGAAUAUCUUAGCAAAUGGGAAUACAUGGAUGGAAAUUAUUAUGCUUCAGGAAGGCUUGGAGUUGACAUUACUCAUGUCAAAGGCUUCAAUAAGCAGAUUGUGCUUGGAGUUGAUGAAUAUCUAGAAGUUGUUGAUCUCUAUGUGAUAAAUAUUCUGGGAAGGGUUAUGAAAAAUGUUGAUCUUGCCGUCUCAUGGGUUGAGAAAGCUAGUUUACCUUCGGAAAAGCAGCAGAUUCUGCUGAGGCUAUUACACUCCAUGAACACUUCAGACCUCGAUAGUUCAUCCCAGCCCACUGCUUCACUAUUAUUGCAAAUACAUGAAUAUCCGAAUCAGUCAGAUUCCAUGAAGGAAGAAAAUCCCAGUUCUGCAAACGAUCUGGAGAAUAAUACAAAAGAGACAAUUAUGAAAAUGUACAAAAAUAGAGCACCCUUUUGGUUGUUCCGGACCAUAACUUUGAAGUUUGGGAAUGCUCAAUUUGUUAUCUCAAAUGGAAAUAUUUUUCUAUGCUGUCUACCUCUUAUCUUUUUUUAUAUGAUGAGGAGGAAGCCGGACCUGAAGAGUACUUUUAGGAAACAUGCUUGGUAUGUGAAGAAGGCUUUGACUGAUCUCUUGGAACUUGCAUUCUCAUACCAAGUGAACCCUCUAGCUGGAGUUCAAUCUCUUCCUCUUGCAGCAGCCCUGGGAACCAACUGAUUGUUCCAUCUCCUUCGUCUUGGAUCCUCUUCAACACAAAUAAAGGGUGUACAUGGUCCAUGAGACAUGUAAGCUCCGGUGACUCUAGAGUCUAGAGGUCUUUGGAGCACCCGCAGCCGGAUAAAUAGACGAAGGAGUUGUCCGGAAGUAGAAGCUGCAUUACAUGGAGGAGGAGAAGGACAAGUUCCUAUCCGCAGAUUCCAAGACAGGGGAAGAGCUCCUCUCCGUGGAGAAGAAAGAAUUUAUUCCACCAUUUUUGGUAAAUGUGCACAGUUACCUCCUAUGGUUUAAAACUUACGUCGUUGUCUCUCAUGGUUCUUAUAUUGCUACAUCAAUGCACAUCUUCACCUAAUAUUUGAAUCAUGUUUUUGUCUAGGGGGUAUUGACGUAGCAAUAUCAGAACCAUGAGUGGCAACGACAUAUGUUUCGAAACUAUGGGGGGUAACGGUGUACAUUUACCAAACCACGGGGUGUUGGUGCAAAAGAGUCGGAGAAGAAAUAAUAAAAAGGAAAGACCAAU